AGGAGCAGGGUGAUGCUAUCCCAGCUCUUCAUCCUCUCUUCCAAGGGAGACCGGUUGCUCCAUAGGGAUUUCCGUGGGGACCCCUUGGACCCCAUCACGGAUGUGGCCGAUGUCUUCUACCGCGGGGUCACCGCGCUGCCGGGGGACCAAGCACCGGUGUUCAUGGCCCUAGGGGGGCUCCACUUUGUCCACGUGCGCCACUCGGGGCUCUACUUCGUGGCCACCACCAGGGCCGAGGCCUCCCCGUUCACCCUGCUCGAGUUCCUCAACAGGUUGGUGGCGCUGCUGAGGGAUUUCUGCGGGCCCCUGAGCGAGCAGAACCUGGGGGGGAACCUGGCGCUGGCGGCCGAGCUGCUGGAGGAGAUGCUGGACUAUGGGUACAUCCAGAGCACGGCCCCCGAGCUCCUGCGCAGCCUCACCCAGAGCCCCCCCGUGAGCCCCCCCCCCUUCAGCCUCCUGGACCUGGGCUCCAUUGGGCUGUUUGGGGCUGACACCCAACGUUCCAAGGUGGCUCCGGGCUCCGCUGCCACGAGGCCCCUGGGGGCACCCCGGGGGGAGCAGGGGGAGGAGCUCUUCGUCGACGUCCUCGAGCGCCUCACAGUGGUGCUGGGCUCCAACGGUACCCCCCUAAAGGUGGAUGUGCAGGGGGAGAUGCGCCUCAAGUGCUACAUCCCCAACUGCAGAGAGCUGCGCCUUGGCCUGAGUGAGGAAUUCUGCGUGGGAAAAGCAGAGUUAAGGGGCUAUGGCACCCAGGUCCGUGUGGACGAUGUCUCCUUCCACCCCUGCGUUAACCUGGAGGAGUUCGAGGCCCAACGGGUGCUGAGGGUGACCCCCCCCCAGGGCGAGGUGACCCUAAUGCGGUACCAGCUCCUGGAUGAUGUCCCCACACCGCUGCCCUUCCGCCUGUACCCCCAUAUGGAAUGGGACCCUAUGGGGAGGCUCCGGCUGCACCUAAAGCUCCGCUGCGACCUCCCCCCUAAUAGCCACGCCAUUAACAUCCACCUGGAGCUGCCCAUUCCCAAGGGGGUGACCAGCGUGGCGCAGGAGCUGAGCAGCCCCGACCAGAGGGCUGAGGCCCCCCCCGGUUCCCAUUGCAUCCAAUGGGACAUCCCCAAGUGUCGGGGGGGGGCACAAGUGGGCGCCAUCUUUAAGCUCUGGUCCCCGCUCCCGCUCCGUGCCCUGGGUCCCGUUGCCGCCCGCUUCGAGCUCCCGGCCCAAUCCUGCUCGGGGCUGAGGCUCCGCUUCCUGCGCCUGGCUGAGGGGGCGGGGCCAGGGGCGGGGCGGGGCUCCUCGGCCCCGCCCCCUCCCCGCUGGCUGCGUUACGUCACCCACAGCGACUCCUACGUCAUGAGAAUGGAAGAU